AUGGAAUCUGCCUCUGUGCCAUCUAAUGAACGUGCUUCUACAACCGGGUCUAAUGCUAAUUCUUCAUCUGUGAGGGCAAAAUGUGAUCCUGCAUGGGAUCAUGUAACUGAAGAGUUGAAAGACGGAAGAAGUAGUUAUAGAUGUAUACAUUGUGGGAAAACUUAUAAAGGAGGGGACAUUAAUCGAAUGAAAAGACAUCUAGCUGGAAUUAAAGGUGAUGUGGCUCCAUGUAUGGGUGUACCUUAUGAUGUUAGGUUCCAAAUGGUUGAGAAUUUGAAGGAAAUUUCAAAAUCUAAAGAACAAACCAAAAAGGAUCAAGAAGCAUCUAAUUAUUCGCCAUUAGAGGAGUCACCAGAAUUUGAAGAUGUCCAAGAAAUUACUCCUAGAGGUAGGGGGUUAGGUAGGGGAAAUAGAAGUAGUCCUAGUAAUUUUCCACCAAGAUCCAAUCUUGGCAAGAGAAAGGUUGGUGACAUUGAUAAUUACUUCGCUCCUAGGACAACACCGGGAGCUCAACCUUCUAUUAAAAGUGUGCUUGCUGGCAAAGAAAAGAAGCGGAGGGUUGAUAUGGCUGUAGCUAGAUGGAUGUAUGAUGCUUGCAUUCCAAUUAAUGCUGUGAAUUCUAGUUAUUAUCAACCUAUGCUCAAUGCUGUAGCUUCUUAUGGUCCUGGAUAUAGAGGUCCAAAUUAUCAUGCCCUUCGAGUGCCUUUGUUGAGAGAAGCAAAAAGAGAAGUUCAAUUGAUUGUUGAUUCUCAUCGUUCAUAUUGGGCUGAUACUGGUUGUACAAUAAUGGCUGAUGGGUGGACUGAUACUAGGCAUAGAACAUUGAUUAAUUUUCUUGUCUAUUGUCCUAAAGGUAUUAUUUUUAUACGUUCUAUUGAUGCUUCUGACUUGGUUAAGGAUGCUAUUACUUUAAGUAACUUGUUUGAUGAAAUUGUUAAUUGGGUUGGUCCUGCAAAUAUAGUACAUUUGGUCACUGACAAUGCUGCAAAUUAUGUAGCUGCUGGAAGAAUUGUGUGUGGAAAAUAUAGGAACAUUAGUUGGUCACCUUGUGCAGCACAUUGCCUAAACCUAAUUUUUAAAGAGAUUGGGAAGAUGGAUCAUGUAGCUAAACUUGCAAAGCGUGCAUCCAAGAUCACUGUGUUCAUCUAUAACCAUGUGGCUUUGCAAGCUUGGUUGAGGACUAGAAAAAAUUGGACGGAAAUUGUGCGUCCAGGGCCAACUAGCUAUGGGUUAUGUAUAUGA